CGAGUUCCCGAUGUAUGGCAAAGCUGGUUGCUUACUUGCUUGUUUAUUUAGUGUAUGUACAUAGUAGAGCAGGGAAUCAGGACUCCACAAGCCGACAUAGGAUCCGUGAACAGACGGUAACACUAAAUACCUUUAUGUACAAUACACUAUGUAUUUCGAAAUGCGAAGUGACAGGGUUUAUUUCCCCAGACGUUCUCUGUAAAGGUAUAAUACUAUUCUCAUGCUGCUUCUUGUUGAUAUGUUGAUAUGUAGGUAUAUGGAUCUAAGCAAGAAGAAACACGUGGAUCCCGCAUUCAAAGCUCGAGCCUGGUACAUGGGGGGGACAACAAAUGAGAUGCAUCGAGAAUGCUGGGUGCUUUAAAC